CAGCGCGGCCGACGCCGCAGCAACAAUAAGAGUGAGUGGCACACACUGUACUCGGGUCAGGAGAAGGGAGGGCAUUUCUGUGCCGCUCAAGCACUCCGGCCGAAGGUUUGGGAGGCCGUGGAGAGACGAAGCUGCCGCCGCCGCCACCGCCGCUCCUGCAGCCACUGCAGACAAGCUGCCUGCCCGCCGGAGCAAAAGCUGCUCCUUUGAGUGAAGCUCUCGUAGUCGUCCUUCCUUUGGUCCGCUCGGCCGCCGCUUGUUUGUGGGUGGCUGGACCGCCCCCUUGUGGGGCUCAACAGCUCCCUAUACGCCCCGCCGACCAGCGGCGGCGGAGAGGAUGGCGGAUCGGCUGUAGCUGUAAGAGCGCCCCGGGGAGCAGUCGCUUCCCCUGGAACAACGCGAAAGAGGAGGAAGCCAGCGGAGACUUGGCGGGAAACGAGAGGCGGAGAUGGCUAACGAGUCGCUUCAGAGUGACCCAGGCAACUGGUCAGUCCUGGAGCACCUGGGUCUGGACCAGAACUCAGAUUUUUCAGACACCAGCGUGCAACAGAAACUGGAUGAAGAGAAAGAGAAAAUUAAACGUGAGAUCCGCAAAGAACUGAAAAUAAAGGAGGGAGCAGAAAAUUUACGCAAGGCUACUACAGACCGUAAGAAUCUCUCCAAUGUGGAAAACUUGCUCAAGAACUCCAACCGCAAACUGGAGACGUUGCAUCACCACCUUCAGGACCUCAAUGCACAUAUUGUCGUCAAGGACCCUGAAGAGCUGGGGGAUGCCCCACAAUCACCAGGCAGCUUGAGUCGAUCAACAGCUACCAAAAGUCGUAUUGCUGGUCUGGAAAAGCAGCUCAACAUUGAGUUGAAGGUGAAGCAGGGUGCAGAGAAUAUGAUCCAGAUGUACGCCAAUGGUGCUGCCAAAGAUCGGAAGUUGCUGCAGACAGCCCAGCAAAUGCUACAAGACGGCAAAACCAAGAUAAAUAUUAUCCGCAUGCAGAUUCGCAAGGCUGUGCAAGCUGACGAGGUGCAGCUGAAUAUGGAAGAUGGGCAAGGGAACACAGAUCUAAGCGCCAUAGAAUUGAGAAUUGAGGAGCUUCGCCAUCAUUUCCAAGUAGAAUAUGCUGUAUGUGAGGGUGCCAAAAACGCCCUGCGUCUUCUGAGCUCCAGCAAAGUUCAGGAUCGUCAUGCUAUUUCUGAGGCACAGACCAAGAUGAACGAAUCAAGCCAGAAGUUGGAUCUUUUGCGAUAUUCUCUGGAGCAACGCCUGGCUGAACUGCCUGAAGAUCAUCCCAAGGCCUGCAUCAUUAAGGAGGAACUCAUCUUGGCCUCCUCUCCUGCCUUCAGUGCCCGCAAUACCACUUCCUACCAGCAUAACCAGUAUAAUACCCUAUCAAAGCCAUCUCCACUCACAGGGACCCUGGAAGUGCAGUUGUUCGGCUGCAGUGGAUUGCUGGAGGUUGUCCCAGGACGUACCCGUGGCUCCACUGUCUGCCUGCCUUGCAACAGUCCUGGUGAAGCCCGGCCUUCGUUCAUGAGCCGCAGUGGGCGAGGGUUGUAUAAUCGCAGUGGUAGUGUAAGCGGCAGGACCACCAUCAAAUCGGAAGAUACCAGCAAUGAAGUAAGUGCUGUAUUGAAGCUGGACAAUGGAGUUGUAGGGCAGACCACUUGGAAAUCCAUUGGCCUACAAGCUUGGAACCAGGUUUUCACAGUGGAAUUAGAAAGG